AUGCAGGGAUAUCUUGGAUUUGUGGUUUUGCUGUUCAUUCUGUACUUCUGGUCAUGUGUGCCGUUCAUUUACGCCGUGUCCUUCAUGUUCACAUUCACCAUCGAAAGCGAACGUGCUUUGGUGGCAGCUUUCGCUGCUAUGUUGAUCAUAUUUAUUGUGAAUUUCGGGGAAUUGGUGGAUCCGACGCCCGGAGAAAUUAUCAGGUCUAUACUUCUGUGCAUCUUGCCCUCUUUCGCUCUCGGCAACGCUGUUAUGACUGUGGGAACAACUUCAGCCGAAAAGCUUCCACCAAGCACGCUAUGGGAAUGGAAUAUGCUUGGAAAGAACAUAACGUUCAUGCUGAUAUUUGGUUGUUUUUCCUCGCUACUGUUUCUGAUGUUCCAAUUCAAAGUGAUAAGGUAUCGUUGGUUCCAACUUUGGGAUUUACGAUACGGACGCAGGCACUAUGGCAGGGUCAUGAACGCGCGCUUACAGGUUGCCAACGAUGAGGAGGACAGAGCAGUGGCUGAAGAGCGAGUGAGCGUGCAACAGUCUGGCGAUGAUAUGGCGCUGGAAGUGAAUGAUUUAUGCAAGAUGUAUGGAUAUCUAAGAGCGCUCGAUGGUCUAACUAUGGGUGUUCGAAACAGCGAAUGCUUCGGACUGCUUGGUGCGAACGGCGCCGGAAAGACUACAACUUUCGACAUUCUCACUGGACAAUCUUUUGCCACAUCUGGAACAGCUCGUAUAGACAAACGAGACGUGACGGAGCAAAUUCCGAUCGGUUACUGUCCUCAAUUCGAUGCGCUUCUGCUAGAUCUGACUGGAAGGGAGGCUUUGAAGAUUCUUGCUCGCAUGCAUGGUUUCCCUGAUCCUGAUGAAAUAACGAAUAUAGUCCUCCGAAGCGUCGGCAUGGAGGGGCAUGCUGAUAAGUUGAUACGAUAUUGCAGUGGAGGACAGCGACGCAAAAUCAGCGUCGGUCUGGCGCUUUUGGCGCCAACUCGAAUUAUCAUUCUGGACGAGCCGACGGCUGGAAUCGACCCAAAGGCGCGUCGUGAGAUCUGGGAAGUUUUGUCGAUCAUACGUGACAGCUCACAGUCGGCCCUCCUACUCACUUCACACAGUAUGGACGAAUGUGAAGCGUUGUGUAGUCGGAUUGCUAUUUUGCAAAAAGGCCGAAUGAUAGCCAUUGGAACAAGUCAACAGCUGAAAUCGAGGUAG